AUGGGCUUCUUCCAAAUUGAAGAGGAGCGACCAACUCCAAAACAAAUUUACAAUUGGAAAAUAUACGUUUCUACAGCAAUUGCCUCCAGUGCCUCUAUGAUGAUUGGUUAUGAUAACGGUUUUGUGGGUGGAGCGUUGGCAUUGCAAGGCUUUAUCGAUGAGUUCUUUGAGGGCCGUACCGCAGGAGACAUUACUGCUCUCAAGUCUAACAUUAUCUCGCUCUUCCAAGCCGGAUGUUUUUUUGGUGCUUUAUUUUCUUAUCCAGUGGGCCAUCAUUAUGGCCGUAAAAAAGGUCUGGUUGCUAGUGGGUUCCUGAUUAUACUGGGUGCUGUGAUCAUGAUGUGUUCUUCAAAGUCCCGAGGUCUGGGACCUAUUCUCGCUGGACGAGUGAUAUCAGGACUGGGAGUAGGAGCUACCUCUAACUUGGCCCCAAUCUAUAUUGCUGAAAUUGCCCCACCACCAAUUCGUGGAAUGCUUUCCGGUUCGUACGAUGUGGGCUGGAGAGUUGGUGAUCUCACUGGUUUCUGGAUCAACUACGGUGUCUCGGAGCACAUCACUGGAAGGGCUCAAUGGAUGAUCCCAUUUGGAGUCCAAUUGGCUCCAGCAGUUAUCUUUUUGUUGGGUGCUUCCUUCCUGGUGGAAUCCCCUAGGUGGCUGAUCCAGAACGGCCAGGUGGAGCACGGAGUCGAAAACUUGGCAUACAUCCGCAAUCUCGAUUUGUCAAAUGAUUAUCUGCAGUACGAAUUAACCCGUAUACAGGAUUCGAUCGAAGAACAGCGUCGUACAGUUGGACUGGAUCUCUGGGGUCCAUUCAGAGAAUGCAUUAGCUCUACAAAUAUCAUGUUCCGGAUCUUCAUCACUGCUUCGAUCUUCGUUCUCCAGAACGGAUUUGGUAUCCAGGCCAUCAACUACUACUCUCCCAUCAUCUUCGAGAGUUUGGGAGUUACAGGCACGAGUGCGACACUUUUGUCCUCAGGUUUGUUUGGUGUGGUAAAGUUCGUUACAUGUUUCAUCUGGAUUUUCACCGUUGUGGACAGAGUGGGACGUCGUCCAUCGCUCAUGGCCGGCUCCGUGGGAUGUGCUGUAUGCUUCUUCUAUAUUGGAGCUUUCAUCAAGCUGGGUAAGCCGGGUACCGAAGGUCAUGAGGGAGGUUCUCCAGCCGGUCGGGCUGCUAUCGGUAUGAUGUACAUCUGGACCUUCAUCUUCAUGAUGUCCUGGUCCGCUACUCCAUGGGUGCUUGGAGCAGAGUGUUUUGAUCAAAAUAUCCGUACUUUUGUCCAGGCAAUCAAUGCUGCAGCCUCAUGGGCCUCUGUUUUUGUGAUUGCUCGCUUCACUGCACAAAUGAUCAGUGCCUUGGGCUAUGGAACGUACUUCCUUUUUGCCUCCAUUUCCAUCCUAACGUUUCCCUACAUCUUCUUCGUGUUGCCCGAAACUAAGGGGAUUCCUCUGGAAGCCAUGGACAGACUGUUUAAAGGCGACGUUCCUGCUUGGAGGGCGCAUAGAAAGCUUAUGGCAGAGCUUCAGAAGGAGGCCCAAGAGAUUUCCCCUGCGGUCAACGAUAGUCUGUUUGAUAAGGGUGAUGUUGAGCAGAUUGAAAAUGUCGAUUCUGCCUCAUUCCAUAAGGGCCAUUGA